AAAAAAAAAUAUAUCAUGAGAAUAAAACCUGGUGUGCCUAUAUAUACAUGCCUCUCUGUCUUGGUGUCUCUCGUAUUGUGAGUUUUCCUUCCGGGAUCAUCAAGGAUUCGAAUCUUCCUCUAUCCUGUGUAGUGUGUCUCUCUUUGUUGUAACUGCCUUGGAGGCAAUGUCCCACGCGGCCACAAUGACCCUUCAUCUCCUCUCCGCUCCUCUUCUCUUUUAUCCGUUCCUUGGCAAGUUAGCAAUGGCACCAGGUUAUGAAUAAUUAAAAUCCACACAAUAUGGAACCAAAUCUUGACGUCACAGAUAUUAGCCGUCUUCCUGCUGCUGCUAUCUUUCCCUCUAUUCAAUACUACUGCUCUUAUCGACACCACACUGUUCUCCUUCCAUCUCCCUCCCUCCCUCUAUUUUGAAAAACCACGGCUAUUUAUUGACCAGCCACACUGCCAACAGUACGUAUAGCUCUUAUUUCCAUCCACUUCUAGAUUAGAUUCCCAAUCCAAGGCCAAAUCCCCCUUCCCUUUUUCUUUCCUUUUAAAAACGCAGACCCAAAACCAAGAAACAUCAACGCAAACCCAUAAUUCACUACAACAGAGUCGUUUGGCUCUGGGACUUGAAUCUCCAUGAGAGGGUGAUGUUUCUUAAUAGGUACGUGAUAGCUUAAGUUCAAGCAUGAACAUGGCUUCCAACGUUUCAUCACCAUCAUCUUCAACUAUCGUUGGUGAGUACAUUGGUAUAGAGAGCUGUCUUGAUCUUAAGAACGAAGAAGAUAUCUUCACAUCCUCAUCAAAUAAAGAAGAGACUAAUUAUGAGAGUUGUAGUCAACGUUGUCAUCGCGAAAAGAGAGAGCAACGGUGGGCUAAGAAAAAGGAGUUUCCACCACCAAUACCAUUGUUGGCUCGUACGGAGAAUUUGCCUUCCCAUAUGCCUUGGGUUUUAAAGAGGUACUAUACAAGUGAUGGAAGACUGAUACUUAGAGAAGAGAAGGUCAGGCGUCAUGAGUACUUUCGGGCUCACAGAUCCAAUGGACGUCUCACCUUGCAUCUUGUUCCUUUGGAUGAUGAAGUUUCGGCCACUCUUUUUGUUGGUGAUGAGAGACGUCAUGACAUUGAGAAUGAUAUUGAUCAGUGCUAUGAUAAUGAAGAUGAUGGUGAAGAAGAGCAAGUACUCGAGCAAGAACAUGAAGAAGAUAAGGAAGAAAAUGAAAGCCUUGUAGAAGAAAGUAUUGAUGUGAAAGUAAAUGACAAUGAUGGUGUAGAAAAUGAUUAUUUUGGUAAUAAUGUUGAUAGUGGUGAAACUAUAGAGGUGGAGGAGGAGGAGGCUGUGCAUGAUGAUCAAAGAGUUCCUUCUAUGGAGAGUUCUGAGAGUGCAGGCAAAUGCUUGAACUACAUCAGUGUGAGAACAAGCUCCACUUGUAUAUUUGGGGUGCCAGUACCGGCUAUAAGGCCAGUUUAUACAUAAGACACAAACAAUUAAAAAAAAAAAGGACUGGAAUUCCAUUUUUAGUUUCGAUGAGCCUUAUUUAUUGAGAGAUUUAGUAGCUCACUCUCAUGAUUUCGAUGGAGAUUGUAGCACAAUUCAAUAUCUAUAUAGGUCUGGAUAGCGGAUGGUACUGUAUUCUUAUCGAUUUUAGGUUUAUUAGUAUAAGAGAGGAGGUUUUUCAUUUUGAAUUAGGGAGUUUUGUAUUUCAGAGAUACUCUGUUUCAUGCUUCUCCAUUGAUUAUACCUUUCUCUCUGCAUUUAUGUA